AUGCUUAGUGGCGGACAGAAGCAACGAAUAGCGAUUGCGAGAGCUCUGGUUACGAAUCCAAGAAUUCUGAUACUCGAUGAAGCGACAAGCGCUUUAGACGCCACUUCGGAAUACUUGGUCAGGAAGGCUCUCAAUCGACUACUGGAAAAUAGCCACCAAACUGUGCUUAUCAUCGCUCACAGGUUGUCCACAAUCAAGCAUGCAGAUCAAAUCGUCGUUUUGGACAAAGGAAGUGUAGCAGAGAAAGGCAGUUUCGAGGAUCUGAUGCAGAUAAAAGACGGCAUAUUCAAGAAGCUUGUUGAGAAACAGGCUAUCACUUGGAGAGAUGAGAGCUACUGA